AUGGAACCGUGGCGGGUGAGCCACCUCGGCCUGUCGCCGCACCUCUUCUACGCGCUCGACGAUCUUGCUGUGGCCCUCGACCCCUGCGCAACGCUCACGCAUCUCUCGCUGAGUAUAUUCGACGUCGACACGCCGAGUCUGAACGCGACCCUGCGGCUCUAUCCGCGGCUGGAGGCGCUCUACCUGCAUGGCCUGGAUCUCCCACUUCAAAUGCCGAUCUGGACAGAACUGGCCUCGGACCUCGUUCUGCCACUGACGCUGCGCGCACUGCUUGUCAAUACGAAGCGCUGGCAAGACAUCCCCGGAGAAGUGGCACAAGCCGGCGUCCCGCCGACCGACACCGCGGCGCGCGCGCUGCUGGACGCGUUUGUGGGCCGGUACCCGCAGCUCACGCUCCUCUGGAUCCACGGACGGGACUUCUUCAUCAUGCGUAGCGGGGAGCAAGGGGCAGACGAGCGCGUCGUGGCCGUGUGCGACGAUGUUGAUGCGGUUAGCGACAAGUACAUCGACUUGUGGAACCGGCAGUCAGAGUUUGUCUAG